AUGGUGGAUUUUGUGCGACCUAUGUCAUCGAUGAUGAGGUUUUGUGAGUACAUGUUGAUGCAUGCUAGAACACAUAUUGUCAUCGUAUAUGUGGAGGUUGAGCAAGUUGAGCUCAAGCUUACAUAUGAAUUAAAAGAAGCUUCUUGGAUCGACCCCAUCCUCACUUUCCUACAAGAUGGCGUUCUUCCUGAAGACCCAACAGUGGCGGUACAACUUCGGAGGCAGGCAGCAAACUUCACCAUUAUUAAUGGAGAGUUAUACAAAAGAUCUUUCACAGGGCCAUACCUCAAAUGUCUUCCUCCUUCAGAGGCGAACUAUGCACUCCGAGAAGUACAUUCAGGCAUUUGUGGGGAACAUCUGGGCGGAAGGGCGCUAGCUCAAAAGGUCUUGAGACAGGGAUUUUACUGGCCAACGAUGAAGCAGGACGCAUUAGAGCUCGUACGAAAAUCCACAGGACAGCGGAAGUUCAUCAUCUUGGCUGUGGACUAUUUCACAAAGUGGGUAGAAGCAGAACCUCUGACAAAGAUCACUGAAGCAAAUGUCAAACAGUUUAUAUGGAAGAACAUAAUAUAUUGCUUUGGCAUUCCAGUAAAACUUAUCACCGAUAACGGAACACAGUUCACCGGAAGGGUCUUCACCAUAUUUUGUAAAGAUCUCCACAUUCAACUGGUACACACGGCUGUGGCCCAUCCUCAGACUAAUGGACAGACAGAGGUCACUAAUCGAACCAUUCUGAGAGGAUUGAAGACAAGGCUGGAUAAGGCUGGGGGGCAAUGGGCUGACGAGCUCCUAAAUAUCCUUUUGGAGGCUGUCAUUCCCGUCGACAUUGGAGUCCCAAGUCAUAGAGUUCAAACUUUUGACUUAAAUGCUAACGACAAAAAACUCAGGCACAACCUAGACCUCUUUCCGGAAGCAAGAGACGAGGCGAUGCUUAAGGUUUCUGCCUACUACCAGAGAGUUGUCCGGUACUAUAAUAAAAGAAUGAAACCACGACGUAUAUCGAUUGAAGAUCUUGUUCUACGCAGCAUUGAGACAGCAGGAAAAGGUCCUCAACGCAAUAAAUUCUCCCCCCUCUAG